AAGGAAGUCGGCUCAUCAGCGAAGGCAGCGUUUACACACACGAACGUCGCCUGACCUGUAGAAUUUUUUCUAUCAAUUCUCAAACUGGACCAUAGUUUUUCGCAAAACACGUAUACUAUAGUUGCAAUUCCCUUGUGUCUUCGGAGCAACACCCUCUGCAGUGUAGUCGAAGAACAAAAAAAAUAUUCAGACUACAAGAAAGAUGGCCAAGCAGUCUGCGACAGACACCUCGUAUGCCCCCAGGUUUCUAUUCUCAUUGACCGGUGACAAAGACCUGAUGUGUUUGUGUACUCGUCCGGAGCAGGCCUGCGUCUUGGUAAUUUACACCGGCGGCACCAUUGGCAUGGUCAAGGACGAGAAAGGAGCUCUUGCACCAGCACCGGGUAUCCUGGACAAGCGGUUACGUGAAUUUCCGCAGCUACAUGACGAGGAAUAUAUGAAAAGCCAUUUCGGCAAUUGCGCGAAUCCUCCACUGGUCUUGCCGCCGACGGGCGAUAAACGGCGAGUUGUCUACAGCAUAUCUGAGUACAGACCGCUCAUAGACUCUUCCAACGUGACGGUCCAUGACUGGGUGAAAAUCGCCAGUGACAUUGAGAAAAACUACGAGUUGUACGACGGCUUCGUCAUCCUUCACGGCACGGACACAAUGGCAUAUACGUCAUCCGCCCUCUCUUUCCUUCUUGAGUGUCUGGGAAAAUCGGUUAUCGUCACUGGAUCCCAGAUUCCGAUUUACGAAGCUCGCAGCGACGGGAGAGAUAACUUGCUGGACGCACUGGUAAUAGCUGGGAACCAUGUUAUACCAGAAGUGACGUUGAUGUUCUGCAACCAACUGUUUCGUGGAAACAGGGUCAGCAAGUUCAGUUCAUCGCAUCUAGAUGCAUUCGCUUCAUUCAAUAUGGCCCCGCUUGCUACCAUUGGCAUCCACAUCGAAAUAAGCUGGGAGCUCAUCUUGACACCUGUAGAAGGGAAAUUUUAUGCCCACACGACUUUGAGCAGGGAAGUGGGCAUGCUGCGCCUGUUUCCCAGCAUCACUGCUGAAUUGGUGGAGGCCUUCCUGGGCGAGAAGAUGAAAGGCGUCGUGCUGCAAACCUAUGGUUCUGGAAACGCCCCCACAAACCGCAAGGACAUUAUCGAUGCCAUUUGCCGUGCCACUGCGCGAGGCGUCCUCAUAGUGAACUGUUCUCAAUGUCCUCACGGAGACGUAGAUCCCGCCUACGUGACAGGCAGUGAGCUGCUCAAAGCCGGUGUCAUACCAGGUGCGGACAUGACUCCAGAAGCGGCGCUAACGAAGCUAAGCUUCGUAAUCGCCCACACCAAAUGGACGAUUGAGGAGAAAAAGGAGAAACUGCAGGAGAGUCUGCGUGGUGAACUCACCCCGAGCUCCGAGCGUGGGUUUACUGGCCCCUACAACGCAGCCAGCGUUGCACCUUGGAAGCAACUGCUCUUACGCUGA